AUGACAAAAGAAUUAGACUUAAAACAAUUACAUGAUAUUAGAUCCAAGCCAUUGAAAAUUAAAUUAUUUGGAAAACAUAUUCAACAUUCUAAAUCUCCUUUAUUACAAAAUUACUCUUUAAAAAGAUUAGGUUUAGAUUGGAAAUAUGAAUUAUUCGAUAGUGAUGAUAUUGCCUUAUUUAAACAAUUCUUAAAUUCAGAUGAUUGUGCAGGUGCUGGAGUAACCAUGCCUAAUAAAGUUAGAAUGUUUCCUCAUGUUGAUAUUGUUGAUGAUGGUGCUAAAGCUGUGGGUGCGAUUAAUACAAUUUACAUUAGAUAUGAUAAUAUAACUAAUGAAAAGAAGUUUAUUGGGACAAAUACUGAUACCAUUGGUAUCAAGAAUUCAUUCUUAUACAAUGCUGCUGACCUUGUUAAACUUUCUAAAGAUCAAGGCCGUGCUGGUUUAGUAUAUGGAGGUGGUGGUGCGUGUCGUUCUGCAGUUUACUCAUUAUAUCAAUUCUUAGGUUGUUCUAAAGUGUACGUUAUCAAUAGAUUUGCAGAAGAAGUUGUAGCUGUCAGAGAUGAAAUGAUUAAAGGUGGAUUCACAGGUGAAAUCAUUCAUAUUUCAACUCCUCAACAAGCUGAGUCCUUAGAAACCAAACCACUAUUAAUAGUAUGUACUGUUCCUGAUUUCGAACCCCAAUCCGAUAAAGAGAAGUUAGCACGUCAAACAUUACAGGUAUUUAUAGAUGCCAAAGAGAAAGGUGCCGUUCUUGAAAUGUGCUAUCAUCCAAAGCCCACAACUAGAUUAUACGCGGCAUUUGAAAAAGGUGAUUGGAAAGUGAUUAGUGGUAUAGAAGCUAUGAUAUAUCAAGGUCUUGCUCAAGAAGUAUUAUGGACAGGUUAUAAAUGGGACGAUAUUCCCGUAUCUGAAGUUAUAGAAUAUGUAUAUAGUAAUUUAGAAGAGUGA